GCUCCCCUGCGCCCCCCUUGCUGGUCGCUCCCCGCCUGCCCGCGGCGGGGCUGUCCCCGGCCCCUGCGGGCGCUGCCGCGGGGCGGCCGGGGGAGGUGCGGGGAGCGGCCGGACCCUCCCCAAAUCUUCGCGUCUCCUCAAGUGCCCGCCCCCCGCGCGCCUUCGGCUCCUGACCGCUCCCCGGCAGGAAGAGGGCGCCCCUCGCCAGGUCCCGUCCGGCCCCGGGCUGUGGGGACCCCCCCCCCGCGCUCCUGCAGCCGCGCCGCCCCGUCGCCUCUGGGUGCAGGCGGCCGCGAGGCGGCUUUGCGCCUCCUCCUCCAGGAGCUGGGGCAGCGGCAGGAGGCAGCCGGAGCCUCGCCCCUGCCCCAAGCCGGCUACAACCCCCGGGCAGCACCUAGCAAGAUCGGACCUUCCUCCAGCGCCGCCGCCGGGGCGGCUCCAGAUGCUGCUAUGCAGCCUGCUGAUUAAAUGGCUGUCUUACCCAGUCUGCUAUCAUUAGUCCUUCUUUGCCCAAACCACUGAAUAUAUACUAUGAAGUUUGAAAUGGUUGCCAGUUCUGAAGAAGUGAUGCAGAAAUUUCAUGAGGAGUUGAUCCAUGCAAAUUUCAUAGACUGGUCAGCUACCUUCAGAUGAUCCCAAACUCACUAAAACUCAGAUUGCUCCAGUCCCAUUUUCUGAACAUUUCUGAGGAUAUUAAUUGAGCAAAUGGUACGUGAACAAUAUACCACAACAACACCAGGCACUAGCCUAGAGAGGCCAAAGAACCAAAAUGUCUACAAAAUUGGCAUUUAUGGAUGGAGAAAGCGUUGCCUUUACCUGUUUGUCCUCCUCCUGCUUAUCAUCCUUGUUGUGAAUUUCUCAUUGACAAUUUGGAUUCUUAAAGUGAUGUGGUUUUCUCCAACUGGAAUGGGACAUCUUCGUGUUACUAAAGAAGGACUCCGCCUGGAAGGAGAGUCAGAAUUCUUAUUCCCUUUGUACGCCAAAGAAAUUGACUCUAGAGAGGACUCAUCCCUGCUUCUCCAGUCUACUCAUAAUGUGACUGUGAAUGCUCGCAAUUCUAAUGGAGAAGUCACAGGCAGAUUAAACGUGGGUCCUAGGAUGGUAGAAUUCCAUGGUCAACAACUUCAGAUCAACUCCAAGGAUGGCAAGCCACUUUUUACAGUGGAUGAAGAUGAAGUUGCAAUCGGUACAGAUAAACUUCGAGUCACAGGGCCAGAAGGAGCUCUUUUUGAACAUUCUGUUGAGACGCCACUUGUCAGAGCUGAGGCUUUUAAACAGCUUAGGAUUCCAGAGAAAUUAUCCCCACCCCUCCGGACUGGACUCAAUGAUAGAGCGAUCGCCUCCAUCUCUUCACUGGCUCUCUCCAGACUGGAAUCACCAACUCGAUCUUUGAGCAUGGAUGCACCAAAAGGAAUUAACAUUAAAGCCCAAGCUGGGAAUAUUGAAGCACUUUCUCAGAUGGAUAUCAAGUUACAGAGUAGUGAUGGAGUGCUUUUGCUUGAUGCUGAAACAGUACGACUACCCAAAUUGCCUCAAGGGACAACGGGUGGACCUGGUUGGUCUCAGGGACUCUACGAGAUCUGCGUUUGUCCAGAUGGAAAGCUUUAUAUGUCAGUGGCUGGCGUGAGUUCCACUUGCCAUGAAUACAGUCAUGUCUGUCAAUAAAACACCUAAAUAUA